GUAAACACUCCCACCAAGUGGUGCCGGAUUUUUGUCAGUCUCCUCUCUUCCUCACGCUUGUCUAUACCCAACAUUACAAGCACAGCUUUCCUCCUCUCGUCUCUUCGCCUCGCUUGUAGCACCAGCAGUUUCUUUUUCGCAUCCCCCUCUACCUCCGAACCCUCCUGAAUUCCGACCUGAAUCCAGCUCCCCCCACGGCGUCGGCGUCGCCUUCUUCAGGAAUAUUUGGUUUCUUGACCGAAACCCUGGCGGUGGAAGAUGGAUGCCAACAAGGACAAAGGGAAUGACAAGAUGCAUUUGAGGGAUUGGUCGUCCCAGGAGGCUCUGCGCACAUACAAGAGACGCCGUCAGCCAGAGCCUGAGCCCAAGCCCGUGGAUGUGCCGGAGCAGCAGGUUACUGAUACUUUCUGGAAAAGUAGGGAUAUUGGAUGGAAGCACGGCAUAAUGAUUGAUGAAAACAGACAACACUGGAAGUGUAUGUACUGUCACCUGACUAGGUAUGGUGGUGGUGUGUCUAGACUCAAACGGCAUCUUGCUGGUGAUUUGGAUGUCAAAAUGUGCCCAAAGGUUCCAGCAGAUGUUGCUGAAAAUAUUAGGGAACAUUUGCAGAAGAAAAGAGAGAGACGAAAGACGCGAGCUGCACAGAAUGGUGUCAACAGUGUGACCAGGAGCUCUGCUGAUGAUACCAAGGCUGAGAAGGAUCCUUUACCUGUUGACUUAGAGGUGCCAACUCGAAUAGACACUUACAUUCUUGAAGAAGGCACUAACUUGACAAAUGCGGAUCAUCAGGAGCCUACCAUUUUUAGGCCUCCCUUGUUGCUACGAGGGGUAAGGGAUAUUGGGUGGGAGCAUGCGGUGGAUCUUGAUGGAAAUAAAAAACGGUGGCAGUGCAAGUGGUGUGAUUUAUGUCGAAGUGGUGGGGUAACUACAUUGAAGGCUCAUCUUACUGACAACAGCUGCCCGAAAAUUCCAAUGGAAAUGUCAAAGCAAGUGUUGCACUUCGUUGAAGAGAAAAGAGCAGCACGGCAACUUUUUAAUAGGGACCCAUGGCCCCCUUACAAGAAAAUUGAUGGGGUUAGUCUUUUUUGCUCAGAAGGGAAAGAGGAGGGGACUGGAUCAUAUAGGAAUGGUCAGCAACCUUCAAAUAAUGGUAUGCAUAUGCAAACAUCAGGGAAUUGCACUAUUGACGAGUUGGCAGCUCGAAGCAACCAGUGUGGUACAGAACAUAGUGGCCAACCAGUUGAGGAUUAUGAACAGUCAAAGAAAGGCAGUUAUUGGGCAGAGGAGCAGUUGCCAAUCGAGAAUGGCAAGCACCAUUUACUAAAUAAUGAGCACCACAUUGUUGACAAGAACAAUGGGAAUCCACAAAACAGAGAGAAGUUGAACUUAGAGUGUGAUAACUCAAUACAAGGUGCCGUAACUACAUUGAAGGCUCAUCUUACUGGAUCAAAAGAGGAAGGGACUGUACCAUGUAAGAAUGAUCAGCAACCUUCAAAUAAUGGUAUGCAUAUGCAAACAUCGGAGAAGUGCGCUAUUGAUGAGAAGUUGGCAGCUCGAAGCAACCAAUGCGGUAAACAUCAUUGUGGACAACCAGUUGAGAAUUAUGAACAGUCAAAGAUAUGCAGUGAUUGGCCCGAGGAGCAGUUACCAAUGGAGCAUGAAAAGCAUCAUGUACUAAAUAAUGAGCACCAGAUUGUGGACAAGAACACUGAGAAUUCACAAAACAAACAGAUAUUGAAACAUCCUCGGAAGACCAGGUUUAACUUACGGAAACAUAUUGUUAUCAUUGAUGAAAUUGCAAGGCAUUGGAGGUGUAGGUACUGUGGUAUGGAUGGACAUGGCAAAACAUCUAGGCUCCAUUAUCAUCUUGCUGGCGUCUUUCGUCAUCCUAAGUGCACAAGUGUCCCUAAAGAAGUUUUUGCAAAGGCAAAACACCAUAUUCUAAUAAAGAGAAGGCCCGGGAUGAGAAAGACUGGGCAGCAAGCUCCUCCAGAGCCACAAAUUCUUGCACAAUCCAGUGUAAUACUGGAGAACAAUGAUCCAGCAUUUAGCAAUCUUCCACAAUUGCCAAUAAAUGAUUUGUCGAGCGAGGUGCGUUCCAGUUACCCGACAAGGUUAAGGGACAAUGCAUGGGAACAUUCACUGUUUUUUGACAGAGAAAAAGGACACUGGAAGUGCAAGUGGUGCAGCUUAGAGGGCUAUCAUGGUGUAACUAGAUUAAAGUGGCAUCUUGUUGGCUGGCAAAAUCAUCCUCGAUGCUGUAAAAUUCCGGAAGAUGCCGCUAAGAGGGUUAGAGACCAAAUGAUAUCAAGGGAAAAGAAGAAAGUGAGAAGAUCAGGUCCACAUGCCGGUAUUGACAGUGGUGACAUUCUUUGCUCUUCUAUGAGUUCACAAUUUGAUGAAGAGCAUUUCACUAUAGCUGUGCAGAAUAGUAGUUCUUCCCAAGCUUUUGAUGAAGCUAACAGUAUAUCAAAUACACGCAACGCGUUAUCAAAUACUAUAUCCGGUUCUCAGCCACUCAUGGAGAGGCCUCAUGGAAUAUUAUAUAGUAACACAAACAAAUCUGAGAUGCUAUCUAGAAGAAGUGACUGUUGGAGUCACUGGAGAUAUGUUUUGAAUGGCCUGAUGCAUUUGCAUGGUGUACAGGAGGGUGCUGGCAUCCAGAGUUGCAUCCGUGAUGUCCUCCACAGUUGCUCUGAAUUUGAAUCUGGACCAGUUGUAUUGCAUUGUCUUAUCAAAUGCCCACAAUAUUUUUCUCUACUAUAUCAGCUCAGGGACAAAGUGGAAAUGGAUUCUGACAGAACAGUGUCAAGGAAUACGGGUAUUGCUGAGUGCAAGAACGUUCUUGUGGACAUUUUGAGAUCAGAGGAUUUUGCCUUGUUAUGCAAUGUUCUUCGCAAAACUGUGCAUCAAGAUGAGGAAAGGACUAAGUAUUUCGAUUUUGGUGUGAUUGACUCUAGAAUGAAAAAUGGAGAGUAUGGGUGUGCACCUGAAAUAUUCAAAGAUGAUUUAAAACUGUUGUGGGAAAAUCUUAAAAUGGCUGGCCAAGAUAUCAUUGACCUAGCAAAUAAUCUUUCAAGCCUCACAGAAGCCUCCUACACAAAUCAGGUUGGAAGACAAAGAGGAUCAUGUGGUUGUGAGGAGGAACUCAAGGGAGCUGUGUUGGGCAGCUCUGAACCCAAGAAACUGGUCGAAUCAGCUACAUCAGUACCCUCGAACUCACAGGGAUGCCAACCAUUGGACUAUCCAGACCGAACAGAUGUUUCUGAUGUUCAAAAGGGCAGUGCCUGUGACCAAUGUGGCAAAGAGACGAGAGGUGUCAGCACCGUCAUAUGUAAUGUAUGCAAGUUAGUGUGUCACAUGUCAUGCAUUGAUCCUCCGAUACCAUCCACGUCGACGGGAAGCUGGUAUUGCAAAGGCUGCAGCAGUACCACCUGCAAUGAAUUAGCUCAAGGAGGUUAUGAACCGAAUUGCGUGCAUGGAAAUUGUGUCCUAUGCAAAAGACUUGAGGUGUGCAGGCCCCCAGAAUGCAAAGAACAGACACCUGUUGGUAAGUCAAGAGCAACUGUGCUUUCCAGUACUGAGGGUCGGGAACUGUCGAACAUUGACCCCGGUGGUUCAUGCAAGAUAUGUGGAACUCCUGAAGAGGAUGCCAAGAGAUUCCUCGUAUGUGGUCACAGCCACUGUCCAUACAAGUACUACCACAUUUGCUGUCUGAAGUCUAAACAGAUUGCUAGCGUUAUGCAGCGGGACAAACCGUGCUGGUACUGUCCAUCAUGCCUUUGUCGGGUUUGUCUAUCUGACAGAGAUGACGACCUGACCAUUCUGUGUGACGGCUGCGACGAGGCUUAUCAUCUGUACUGCAUAACACCUCGGCGUACUUGGAUACCCAAGGGGAAGUGGUAUUGCUCGCAUUGUAGCGUGGAGAGGGCAAAGGCGGGGAUGAGACGGUAUGAGAAGAAGAUGCUGAAGCAGCAUCACAAGGAUGAUGAUGCGAGGCUGGAAAGUAGGAAUUUUGCAGCGGUGGAUUUGCUGCUUUCUGCUGCAGAGAAGCUGAGGGAGGAUGGGCAAGUGGUGGCUUGUGCAGAUUACUAGAGAAGGUAGAUACUAGUAGUAUAUCAUGGUGUGGCCUCGUUCUUCUUUCAGUUGUGUAACUGGACACGCCCGAAAGUCUUGGUGUUUUCUUGUCGUCAGAAUCCCCACCAUCGGUUUUGGAUCAAGUUGCUUAGAACCAGAAUGGCAUGUGAUGCUUGACCAGCAGAGGACAUGCAUCCUGUAUGAAGUUGGUUAGUUGGGUUCAUGACUUAUUUUGAGCUACACUACUUUCUCAGCAGCAAAACUUGAAGAGAGCUUGGGUAUUCCUGUACAAUGUUAGUGUUGUUGAAUGGAGUUUUUUCAAGGAUGAUCAUAGAUAA